AUGGAGACGAACGAUCCGACGGGUCGAUUGACGAUAGAAGAUUUAUCCGAUUGUAGAAGCGACAGCAAUCAUUCGGAACCACAAAUACGAGCCUUUCAAGAUUACGAAAGAGUCAAAGAAUUGAAUUUGUCAGUGGAUAAAAAUAAAGAGGACACGUCGAACGAACCAAAAGAUUUUCAUAUUGGUUUGGAGGGUAGAACAUCGAUGCGUUUCGAUGAAUUUUCUAAUGACAUUACGAGAGGUGGAGUAUCGAUGACCUUGAACAAAACAAAAGAUUUCGGUUAUGCUACGAACGGCUUGAAUAAUUUGAAUUAUUCAUUGGAAAGAACAAACGAGACUACCGAUGAUUCUAUAGAAAUGGCAACGUCACUUUGUAGAACGAAAAAUUCCAGCUCGAAAGAUUUGUUGUUUAAUUUACGAGAAACAAGACAGAAAAAUGCACAUCCGUCGCUAUCAUCAUUGGACAGAUGCAACAAGGAUCUUAAUUUUGGUAUUGAAAGAGACAUCAAGGAUUUUGGUUUGUUGAAAAAUUAUGGAUUAGAUCGUAUGAAGGAAUUUAAUUUGUCUUUGGAUCGAAUUAGAGACAAUCAUAUAAGUAAUCUAACGCUUGAAAGGCUACGUGGUAAUGCUGGAAUAUUGGAAAAUCCUGGCAUUUUGGAACACGGUGAAUUCAGAAAUAUUCAGGUGCAACAAAGAAGUCCGGAAUUAGAAGCGAUAGCUUUGGAACGUAUGAGACGUUCCCAUUUGUUAGGCACAGAUUUGUCCGUGCAAAAUCUCUCUACGCAACUUCCCCAUUCGCAUUCCAUCACGCAAAUGGAACAUUCUCAAGCUCAACAACAACAACAGGCCAAAUCUUUCACCAUAGAUGCGAUUCUUGGUUUGAGAAAUAAUCAAAGAGAAAAACGUGGACAACAGCAACAAUAUAGAAAACAUCAGGGUCAAGAAAGUUCAACGAAGAACGGAAGUUCGAGCUUACGUUCACCCGGCGGUGGAAAAUCAAAGAGAGUUAGGACAAUUUUCACGGCCGAACAAUUGGAACGACUAGAAGGUGAAUUCGCUCGUCAACAAUACAUGGUUGGCCCCGAAAGAUUAUACUUAGCCCAUGCAUUGAGAUUGACCGAAGCGCAGGUCAAGGUCUGGUUUCAAAAUCGUCGAAUCAAGUGGCGAAAACUUCACCACGAACAACAAACACAAAGGGUUCAAGAAUUUCAGCGAUCGUUGAGCACGUCCUUGGAACACGAGGACUGCAACGAGACGGAUAAAUGGUGAAGAGGCUUGCAUCUCGAUCAUCUUCUUAGAUCACGAUCGAGACACCUCUCCUCCCUUCUUGUCGUUUCCCUUCUCUUCAUUUUGCA